AUGCCUCCCACCACAUCCGCGCUGGGGCGCAUACCUCGCGUCGUUACCCAGAAAUCAUCCUUCGGCUUAUUCAAACCUACGCCGAUAUGCAAGCAACAAGUCGCACUGUCGCAAAGGCGCGCUUUCAAUAGCCCUCCCUUGCGAUCCCGGACAACUUCUACACCUCUCGCCAACUCCUUCUUCAACGCCCAUGGCCUGCCCAGAGGCACCGCCAUUCGAUCCGUCUCAGGCGCGUCGCCUUCCGCUUCGAAACCCAAAUCACGGCUUCUCCGCCUCGCAUACGCUAGCGCCGCAUGGCUCGGCGGCGGCGUCAUCUUCGUCGGUCUCGGGGUGGUCGGCUUCUUCAUCUACGAUGCCUCCACUUACAAAGAGCACCCGGACCAGAACGAAAUCGAGGUAUCUGAGCUGGCACUAAGCCCCAACCGGGGCGGACCAAAGAACUUGCCCAUCGCCGAGGUUUUGAUUGACGACUUGGACAACGAACAUAUGAAGAGCGCAAAGGAGAAGCCGAAGCUUGUUAUCCUCGGCGGCGGAUGGGGCGGAGUGGCUCUCCUCAAAGAGCUCAACCCCGACGAAUACCACGUUACCGUUAUUUCUCCUACAAACUACUUCUUGUUUACUCCCAUGCUGCCGUCUGCUACCGUCGGAACUCUGGAAUUGAGAUCACUGGUCGAACCUGUCCGUCGAAUCCUCUCCCGCGUUCACGGUCACUUUAUUCGCGCAAAGGCCGAGGACGUCGAGUUCUCACACAAGUUGAUUGAAUGCUCUCAACCCGACGCUUUUGGUAACGAAACCCGAUUCUAUGUCCCCUACGAUAAGCUGGUCAUUGCCGUUGGAUCUACCACGAACCCUCACGGUGUCAAGGGAUUGGAGAACGCACACUUCCUCAAGGAUAUCAGCGAUGCGCGCAAGGUUAGGAACCAAGUCAUGCACAACCUCGAGCAAGCCUGUCUGCCGACGACCGCCGACGAGGAGCGCAAGCGUCUCCUGUCAUUUGUCGUCAGCGGUGGCGGUCCUACCGGUGUCGAGUUCGCGGCCGAGUUGUUUGACAUGCUCAACGAAGACCUGACACUGCACUUCCCCAAGCUCCUCCGCAACGAGAUUUCCGUACACUUGAUCCAGAGCCGUAGUCACAUCCUCAAUACCUAUGACGAGACUGUCUCCAAAUACGCAGAGGAGCACUUCGCCCGCGACCAGGUUGACAUUCUCACAAACUCCCGCGUCAAGGAGGUCCACCCUGACAAGAUUGUCUUCACCCAGAAGCAGCUCGACGGAUCCCUCCUCACCAAGGAGCUCCCCAUGGGCUUCUGCCUCUGGUCAACGGGCGUCGCCCAGGCUGACCUCUGCAAGCGUCUCUCCGCCAGGCUCGGCCCCUCGCAGACGAACCGCCACGCCCUGGAGACGGAUACCCACCUCCGCCUGAACGGGACCCCCCUCGGCGACGUAUACGCCAUCGGGGACUGCUCGACGGUGCAGAACAACGUGGCCGACCACAUCAUCACCUUCUGCCGCGGGCUCGCCUUCAAGCACGGCAAGGAUCCCGAGACCUUGGAGCUCCACUUUAGCGACUGGCGCGAGGUGGCCAACGACGUCAAGAGGCGCUUUCCCCAGGCCGUCGGCCACCUGAAGCGCCUCGACAAGCUGUUUGAGCAGUUCGACAAGGACCAGUCCGGCACCCUCGAUUUCGGCGAGCUCAGGGAGCUGCUGAAGCAGAUCGACUCCAAGCUGACCUCCUUGCCGGCGACGGCGCAGCGCGCUCACCAGCAGGGCCAGUACCUAGCGCAUAAGUUCAACAAGAUGGCGCGCACGUCGGACGGGCUGAAGGCCAACAUGGUCCUCGAUGGUGACAUUGACGCGGUGGUGUACAAGGCGUUUGAAUACCGCCACCUCGGCAGUCUGGCCUACAUUGGCAACUCUGCCGUAUUUGAUUGGGGUCAGGGUUGGAACUUUGCCGGCGGGCUGUGGGCUGUGUACAUGUGGCGGUCUGUCUACUUUGCCCAGAGCGUCAGCUUGCGGACGCGCAUUCUGCUUGCCAUGGAUUGGGCCAAGCGCGGUCUCUUUGGAAGAGAUUUGAUGAGCUACUAG